GGCUCCCAGCUACAGGCAGAGCCCUUCCUGCGGGCUUCUCUGCUUUUACAUUUUGCUUUUGGAACUGAGAUCUUCCCAGCUUCUUCUUGUUUUUCUGCUCACGUUCUGGAAGGUGUGAGAGCACAUAGUAGUGAAGGUGCUGGCCCUUUAAGAAGUCCUGCUGGCCUGAGAGUCUUGAGACAAUAGCCAUUAUCACUUUAGCUUUGGAAGUGACCCCUGAAUCUGCACUCCUUUCAUCUUGGAUACAAGAGCACUUGAGGAUGGACUAUUUCCUGGUGGGGGAGGGGAGGAGCUGAGACCCCUUCACACAAGCCAAAGCCAAUCACUCCAGAUGUUUCACUCCAGAUCUGAAACCAGUUCCAGUCUGAAUGUGGGACCCAGCUGAGAAAGUGGAGCCUGCUGCGCUUCCUGCUGCAGGAUUUAAAUGUCCAGGGACCUGCCUUGCAGAGGGAGCAAGGCAAGCAGCAGCCGGGGAUUGGCUGGUGUGAGCUCUAGUGCUCUGCCCAACAAGCAAGGAUGAUCCAGCGGCACCAGCUAGUGCAGUCUGUACUGCAGGAGCUGCAGGAGGCCACCGAAUGCUUUGGGCUAGAGGGACUAACAAGCGCAGCCCUGGAGGCUGAGAGGACCUUGUCCUCUUUCUCCCUACCCAGCUACUGCGGGAGGCAGUUCCAGGAAGAGUUGGAAGUUGACCGGGUGGCAAGAAGCCUGUAUCCGGAGGAUGCCCCCAGCAACAUGCUGCCUCUGGUCUGCAAGGGGGAGGGGAACCACCUGUUUGAGGCAGCCAGUGUGCUGCUGUGGGGGAAUCCUAGCCUGAGUCUGGAGCUGCAGGUGCGCACAGUUGUGGAGAUGCUGCUGCACAAACAUUACUACCUGAACGGCAUGAUUGACUCCAAGGUGAUGCUGCAGGCUGCCCGCUACUCCCUCUGCACUGAGGAGUCCCCCGAGAUGACCAGCCUGCCUCUGGCCAUCCUCGAGGCCAUUUUUGAUGCUGACAUCAAGGCCACUUGUUUCCCUGGUACCUUUGCCAACAUGUGGCAUGUCUACGCCCUGGCCUCGGUGCUGCAGUGUAACAUCUACUCCAUCUACCCUAUGAGCAACUUGAAGAUCCGGCCAUACUUCAACCGCCUCAUCCGGCCCAGGAAGUGUGGCCCACAGACCUCCACGCUCCACAUCAUGUGGUCAGGGCAGCAGCUCUCCUCACAGGUCUUCAAAGCACAAUACUUCGUGGCUGUGGUAGGCCUGGAAGAGCUGGAACCCACAACCCCUUCUCCAGAGCCUCCAGUCCAGCCAGUCCAGACUCUGGAGCUGCUGAAGAGUGACCCCCGGCUGACCUACUUUAACCUGUGUGACCGCUACAGCAUCACCAAGAGCACCUUCUACCGCUGGAAGCGCCAGUCCCGGGAGCACAGGCAGAAAGCAGCCACCAGGUUUGCAGCCAAACAUUUCCUGCAGUCUUGCUUCCAAGAGGGCAAUGUGAUCCCUCUUCAGCACUUCCGACAAAUGUUCCCAGAAAUCUCCCGCUCCACUUACUACGCUUGGAAGCACGAAAUGCAGAGCAUGGUCAAUGGUGGCGAUACCUCUGCUCCAGCUGAGUCCAUGGUGCCACAGGAGCCUCAUGGAGACCAUCAAAAAAAGCCCCACCCAGACAGGGAUGAUGCAGCAAAGUCAGAGGGGGGCCUAAGGCCGAAGAUCCCUCCCCUGGAGCCCAACCAAGCAGGAAUCUUCAUGCAAGGAGCCAAGUCAUACCUAGAGAAAUGCAUCUCCAUGAACACUCUGGUGCCCUACAGGUGCUUCAAGCGCAGCUUCCCUGGUAUCUCCAGGUCCACCUACUACAACUGGCGGAGAAAAGCCAUUAAGGGGAACCCCAACUUCAAACCCCCUCAGCCUCCCUCAGUCAGCCAGAAGCCCCUAGUGAAAGGGAAGGCAUACCUGCCAUUCAAGCCUGGAAAUCUGCCUGGCAGGAAAAGGCUGAAUGGACACCGGCCAGAGCCCAGAAGUCUCCUCCAGCUCAAACCCUCUCUCUAUAACUGGAGAAAGCAGCUUCGAGACAUGGCCAAGAGGCAUGUCCAGCAGUGGCGGCUGCCAUUCUGCAAGUUCCGCCUGCGCUACCCAGGCUUCUCUUCCACAGCCUAUUGGUUCUGGAAGAGAAGCAGCCAGCAGAUGAACAAGCAUCCUCUCUGGACCAGCUCAUCCCAACAGCUGAGUCAGGUCAUCUCCGAGGCUCCUGGAAAAGCAGAGCCUGCGAUCAAACCACAGUCACAAAUGGAAGUAGCUCCCAGGCAUCUAGACAAGCAGGCAUCAGUCACUCCCUACAAUGCCACAAUCUCAGGUUAUGCCAUGUCAGAAAGAGCCAACAGCCGGAUGUUCGUGAUGGAUGUGAUUGCCACUGCCCAGUUCAAAGCUCAGGCCAAACUGUUCCUGCAGCAGCGCUUUGAAUCGAAAACCUUCCCGACCUACAAGGAGUUCAGUGCCCACUUCCCCCUCACGGCACGCUCCACCUACUACAUGUGGAAGCGCGCGCUGCAUGAUGGACUGACGCUAGUGGAUGCCUGAGGGUGGGCUGCCUGCUGGAACCUGCUCUCUGCUGUCCAGUUGGGAGGGCAGUGUUUGUGAGCUGUGAUUCAGCUCUCUCUCUCUUUCUUUGUGGGUUUUUUUUUUUCCCUUUUAUUUUGUUUUCCCUUCUGUUUGGCUAGAUCUGGUCUCGGGGUGCAGGGACCAGGUCUGCACACUGCCAGUCCCUGGAGGUGCGGGGAGUGGAAUGAGAGCUCUGUUUUGUGUUGGGUUUAUUUCUGGGCUGCCAAGAUGCCCCAAAAGAAAAAGGCAAAAUGGAGUUUGCCUUCUUCUGGUGCUUAGGCUGGGAUACAGGGUGGUGGAAUGGGGGAAGAGGGAGGGAUAUGUGACUCUGAAAUGUUCCUGUAGGUGCCCUGGGUGUAAAUGCCCUUAAUUCAUGGGCCGACAAGCUGCAGGCCUCCAUUCUAAAUGCUGUGUGCAGGAUUUGCGGGCUCACCUGCCCCAGGUCACUGUCCAACCCAAAAUCGAUCUUGUUAACGUCAAGAUUUUCUUGGGAAUGAGGUGAGCCAUAUGGUACCUGGCCCAGAGAUCAACAAGCUCAUUCUCGCUCAGGCCCCAAGAAGUGGUGCUGAGACUGUCCCAUGCAUGGUGUUCUUAGGAAGAGUUCCUAACAGCCCAGCUUUGGGUGGGGGGCACCCUGGAGGCUGCACUGACAGUUGGGGAGCAGCCUCCCUGCUUUGUGUAUUCCUUGUUGGUUUAGGAGCAGGGGCUGGGGGCUGAGGAGCAGUUUAGGUCAGGCACAGCAGUGACAUGAUCUGGGGUUUUGUGACUGUAUUAGUUCCAGAGGCCAUGUGACUCUGUGGCUUUCCUGAUCACUCAUCUCCUGUGACUACAGGCAGGGCAAUAAGACUUCCUGGCAUUCUUUGGUUGAUAAGUGGAUUGUGUUCCUGUUUCCUUCAGUCUGCCCUUCCUCUCUGGGAAUGAUCACAUGUAGAUCUUCAGCUAAGCAGGGACCUGUCGGCCUUGUCCCAUUCAAGCCUGUGUCUUGCAGUCCUUUGCAGGCUCUGGAGAAAGAGAACUUCCCUGAGUCCUCUGCCCUAGUAGUAAGUGACCUCACUCCUGUGCCCCUCUGCAGUCCCAGUGAGCAUGUGCCUUUAUGUUCCUGCUCUCCAGGAGCCUGAUAGGACGCCCCAACCUGCUGCCCACUGCAGGGGGUAGAGAGACAGCACUGUGGGCUGGGGGGGGUGC